UGAGAUGGCUUGUCCUGUGCGCUGUUUUUUUUUUUUUUUUUUUGUUACUAGAAAAAGGUAGCAGGUGAUUGGGCAGAGCCUCUGUGACAUGUAGCUGUGGAGUCGGAAAACUCUGCUGCUAAGAGGCAGCUCUACAUAAUCGCAUCAUUUGCGCUUGCUGCACUAAGAGUAGAGUGCUUCACAGCUGACAGUGUUGUAAUGCAUGUUUCUACAAUGCUGUACACUCAGACCUGCAUCAAAUGCAGAGAUAACCAAAAUACACACGACUGCUUAGCUCCAUUUUCACUGGUAAUCAAAGUGUACAAUGAAGAUGACACAAGUCGAGCACUAGAAGUACCCAGUGAUAUUACAGCACGGGAUGUCUGCCAGCUGUUAAUACUAAGGAACCAUUGCAUCGAUGACCAUAGCUGGACACUUUUUGAGCAUCUGGCCCGCAUAGGCAUUGAAAGAACCAUAGAAGACCACGAGUCUGUUAUUGGAGUGCAGUCAAGCUGGGGAGUGGAAACAGACGACCGUUUAUAUUUUAGGAAAAAUUAUGCCAAAUAUGAAUUCUUUAAAAAGCCACUGGAUUUUUUUCCAGAGCAUAUGGUGUCUAUAUCAAGCGAAACCAAUGGAAUUCUGAACCAUUCACAACUGGUACAGACAUUUCUAAGUACCAGCUCUUGUCCUGAAAUCCAUGGCUUUCUGCAUGCUAAAGAGCAGGGAAAGAAGACUUGGAAAAAGAUCUACUUUGUCUUGAGAAGAUCUGGGCUUUAUUUGUCUAAUAAGGGAACUUCAAAGGAACCAAGGCAUCUUCAAUUUGUUGCUGAAUUCAGUGACAGUGAUGUUUAUACAUUACUGGCAGGCAGGAAGAAGUACAGGGCGCCAACAGACUACGGAUUCUGUAUUAAGCAUAACAAAUCGGGAGGAGCCAGGGGCCUGAGACUGCUCUGUGCGGACGAGGAGCGGAGUAGGACCUGCUGGGUGACGGCCAUUCGGCUUCUCAAGUAUGGGAUGCAGCUGUACCAAAAUUUCAUUCAACCUCAUCGGAAGCAGAAAGUAUCACCAGUGAGAAGCAUUUCAGAAAACUCACUAGUGGCAAUGGACUUCUCAGGGCACCAGAGCAGGGUGAUAGAAAACCCUACAGAAGCUCUUUCUGUUGCUGUUGAGGAAGGACUUUCCUGGCGGAGGAAAAGCUGUCUACGACUCAAUCCACAAGGAGGUCCCUCUACUCAGGGUUCUACUUCAAAUUUAGUUCUUCACAGAACUCACCCCUGGUUUCAUCAUAAAAUUUCCAGAGAUGAAGCUCACAAAUUAAUUGCACAGCAAGGUCUUAUUGAUGGGGUGUUUCUUUUAAGGGACAGCCAAAGUAAUCCUAAAACAUUUGUUCUGUCAUUGUGCCAUGCCCAGAAAAUAAAGCACUUUCAGAUUGUACCUCUGGAGGAAGAUGGAGAGCUGUUCUUCACCCUGGAUGACGGUCACACAAGAUUUAUUGAUCUAAUCCAGCUUGUGGAGUUUUACCAGCUGAAUAAGGGAGUGUUGCCCUGCCAGCUAAAACAUCACUGUGCUCGAAUUGCUCGAAUUGCUCUUUAAUCAGGACGUGACAUUUCUGAAAAGAACCACAGAAAACUAAAGGCAGUGAAAAAAACUACUUCAUUGGAAAGCUUUUAAAAUAAUUGCGAGUUCUGCACAAAAAAAUCAAUCAAAACCUCUGUUUAUCCAGAUGAGUCGAUUUUGAGAACAAAUUAUCAUUUACAAUGUGCCUUGGACUAAGAAAACAUUAUGUAUUGCAGCCAAAUUAGCAAUAAGCUGCUGAUUUACAUGAGCAUUUAAGCAAAAGUACAAUAACUAAGGCAUUAUAAUAUUUAUUAAACUAUUUGGGGGGGGGGGGGG